AUGGACCAUCACCGGAUCGACAGGGUGGGCCUCCUGUCCCCCCUGGAGGAGUCCAGCGCUGAGAUCAGCAGAGACAGCGGCAUCGUGUCGCAGAGUGCCAGCAGUCUGUCCAUGGUCAGCGACAUCCUGAGCAGUGGCUCCGUGUCGCAGAGCCCCAGCUUUGGCGCAGCGGCUAAUGUCAUCCCACAAAGCCCCAGCCAAAGCCCUAGCCUCCACCAAGCAGCAGAACCCGGGACAGCAGAGCAGCACGACCCGGAGCAGGAUGAUGAGGUGCUGAGACACACCGCCCUCAGCUACUCCGCCUACAUCAGGGCGACAGCUGGAGAAGAGAUCCUGUGCUUAGAAAAAAGCUUGGAAGAAAUGCUGACGAGAGUAGACGAGUUUGUUGGGAUGCUGGAUAUGAUUCGUAAUGAUACCUCCCAGAUAGUGAAUGAAAACCUACCUCAAAUCCAACAGAAGUCGGAUGAAAUGAGACAAAUAUACAGAAGAAUUGAUAAGUUAGAGGAUUUUGUAAAGAUGGUGGGAGCCAAUGUCAGUGCCAUGGAGGAGCAGGUCACGCAGGCAGAGGGAGAACUAGGAACACUACCGGGUGCUUUCAAGAAGAUGCUCCGCACAAUGAGUGUCCCAGGCUUCUUAAAUAAACCAGCCAGCCCAAGAAGACCAACACCACAUCAGCGUCAAGAGAUCCCCAGCGUAUUCCGGACAGAUGAUUAUUUCACAUCGCAGCCCGAGCAGUGACAAACAUACGACAACAUGUAACAGAUAACUUGGUUCUAACCUCAGAGGCCUGUUGGGUGAAACUGUGGAGACAACUUUUACUGCCAUCCAUUACAAAGAGGAUCUAUCGGUGCAGUGGCCUCAACAAAGCAAUAGUAGCCUUUCUGAACAAGUCACUGGAAGUCAAGUGCGUGAAGACGUUUUUUGAGUGUCGUACUUCUGGCAGCAACAAGCACUGAACUGUAGCAAAAUGAUAUUUCAUUUUUUUUAAAGUGCCUAAAUGGUUAUUUCUGUCCAUCUUGUUUUCACUAAUUGUGAAGAAAACAUUGUAAAGAUGUUAGAUUUGUAACGAGUCAGAAGGACAAAAUCAUCCCACCUGCCAAUAGGACACUGAGAAGAAGGUACAACAGGAGGAGUAGUAAAGAUCUUCAGAUGUAUUACAUGACGAUCAACCCAGCUUUUUUUUUUUUUUUUUUUUUAUAAAUUACAUUCCUGUUACUGGUGUUUGUAAAAAACCUGCACGCUGUUAUGGAUUAAUCUGUAUUUCUAAUGUCUAAUCAGUCACCCCAAGCAAUAUUGGUCUUAUCCAAUUAAGCAUUUCAAGUCUUCCAUUUCCAAAUAUUCAAUUUCUAGCCUGAUGUUACUGGCUACAUAUUUGAAGGCACCUUCUUUUAAAAACAAAACAAAAAAAGCACAGUUUAGAGGAGUUGUGUUAGUUUCACAAGUCAGACUGUUCGAAGUUUGGUGAAGCUGUGAUUUGAGUUUUUAACAAUGCUCGGAGGAACCUGGGAGAGAACUGGACCUUAGAUAUGUAAUGUAGCCUUUGUCCUUCAGACCAACUUAAAUCAGUAAUGGUCACAGCUAUGAUUCAUUAUUCGAUUCAUUAUUUGCCAAAAAAAUAGUUAGAAAGAAAUAUGUUUCAGCUACAGGUUAA